AGUAUUUGCAACUUUAAGGUAUUAUUUGUGUAACAUAAAUAAUUUCAAAGUUGCAACUAAUAUAUAACGGAGGAAAUACAAUAAUUGCAUAAAUUAAAUGAUCUAACACACCUAGUUGAAUAACACCAAAAUCUUAACAUACAUAAAAUAAAAUAAACAAAAUGCUCAAACUUCUCUAUAUAUUAACCCUAUGUCGAAUGUUCAAUAUUCCAAGGCCAACAUUAUUUCCCAUGGCAGCCAAUCUAAUAUCAACCCUUUCUCAUGCUCCAAAAAAUAAAACUCCAUCUCCUAAAAUUGCCAAAUAUAUGCAAGAAGAUGACAUAACACAAGAAUGUCAAGCCUUAAUCUCAACCUUACCUAAAGAACAAGAUUGGGUUCUAACCCAUAUUUACCAAUACCAAGGGUUUUGGUAUCCUGUUAGGCAACUUCAAGGUGUGCUUUCAUGCCAACGCCACUUCCAAGCUCGUGACACCGAUAUCAUCCUCACCACUAGCCCUAAAUGCGGCACAACAUGGCUCAAGGCCUUAGCAUACGUUGUUGUAAACCGGAAAAUCAACCUCCCUAGAGGAGAUAACCACCCACUUCUCUCAAAAAACCCUCAUGAUUUAGUACCUUACUUAGAGCUUAAGCUUUAUAUUGAUCACCAAGACCCUAACCUAACAAAAUUGCCCUCUCCUAGGCUGUUUUCUACACACUUACCCGUCGAAUCGCUACCAUUAUCCAUCAAGGAAAAGGAUUGCAAAGUUGUGUACCUAGCUAGGGACCCAAGGGAUGCCUUCAUCUCAUUAUGGCACUUUUCAAACAAGUUAAGGCCUCAAAAUUGUGGUGAUUUCCCACUAGAAGAGGCAUUUGACAUGUUUUGCAAAGGUGUUAGCUUUUGUGGACCUUUUAGUGAUCAUGUUUUGAGCUAUUGGAAGUAUAGCUUAGACAACCCUAAGAAGGUUUUUUUCUUGAAAUAUGAAGAGCUAAAAGAACAACCUAAGUUGUAUUUGAAAAAAUUGGCUGAAUUUUGGGGGUGUUCUUUUUCUUUAGAGGAGGAAAAUAAUGGGGUUGUUGAAGAAAUACUUGGUUUGUGUAGUUUUGAAAAUUUGAGCAAUUUGGAGGUAAACAAGAAUGGGAAAUUGUCUUCAGGGGUGCAUAAUAAGGUCUUUUUUCGAAAGGGCGAAGUUGGUGAUUGGGCUAAUUACUUCACUCAUGAUAUGAUCGAGAAAUUUGAUGAAUUUUUUGUAAGAAAAUUUCAUCAAGGUGGUUUAAGCCUUUAAAUUAUUUUGUAUUUGUAUUUGUAUUUCUACGAGGAAUCUAUGCAUAAUUUCA